UUGUAGACGGAAGAAACCCGAGAAAUAAGCAGAGGACAGAGAGAGCGUCUCAUAAGGUAAACCGAAUCUCACUUUAACCAUUAUAUAGAACUAUAUCGGAUGUCUUGAUAACACCAUCAUGUAAUUAGAUAAGAACUAUAGUCUGCAUGUGAAGGUUACGGGUCUCGCUCGGUGCGUACAAUCGAAACACAAACCAGUUCUUGAAGAUGCCACGUUUACCUCGGAUCCGAAUUCAGAAAUCGAUCGAUGUGUAGGACUUCAGGCGGAGGGUGAACCAACUCCAGGAGCCUCUCCUUCAUUCAAGGUCGGUCAUAGGCAAUGCUCCAAAGAAGAUGGGACAAGCUUUGUGUAUAUGCUCGCGCAGUGCCAUCACCAUUGACAACAAGAGAUAUUACUUCAUCCAGAAACUAGAAGAAGGAGGUUUCAGCUAUGUGGAUCUGGUAGAAGGUGCACAUGAUGGCCACUUCUACGCUCUAAAGCGAAUCCUUUGCCAUGACCGCGAGGGCCGCAAAGAGGCUCAGACUGAGGUGGAGAUGCACCGCCUUUUCAACCAUCCCAACAUCCUCAGCCUGACUGCACACACCUUCAUGGAGCGUGGCGGAAAGUGUGAGGCCUGGCUGUUGCUCCCAUACAUCAGUAAGGGAAGUCUGUGGUCCGUUCUUGAGAAGCUGCGGGAUAAGGGAAGCUCUAUGCCAGAGAGCCGCAUACUACAUAUUCUGCAUGGCAUCAGUGAAGGCCUGAAAGCAAUACAUGACAAAGGCUAUGCACACAGGGACUUGAAACCCACCAACGUUUUACUGGAUGAGAACGAUCGCCCUUUUUUAAUGGACUUGGGCUCCAUGAACAAGGCCAGGAUUGAAGUUCGGGGCUCACGGGAGGCCAUGACAAUACAGGAUUGGGCCGCUCAGAGGUGCACCAUCUCGUACAGAGCACCAGAGCUCUUUAAUGUGGAGAGUCACUGUAUCAUUGAUGAGAGAACAGACAUUUGGUCUCUAGGUUGUGUGUUGUACUGUAUGAUGAUGCUGGAGGGACCAUAUGACUUGAUAUUUCAGAAGGGUGACAGUGUGGCUCUCGCCGUCCAGAAUCCAGUCUCCAUUCCACAGUCGUGCAGUUAUUCUCAAGGUCUUCAAACCCUCCUCAGCUCCACUAUGGUGGCCAAUCCUCAGGAAAGGCCCAGAAUCAGCUGGGUCCUUGACCAAGUCCAGAACCUUCGGGACUCAAACUGUACAGACGUGGAUACCAACAGAGUAUGAUGCUUCCACUGAGAUUUCAUGUCAGUUUUCCUGUUGACUCUGGACAUUUUGGACUAUGCACUCUCUCCUUCGGACAAAAAUAACCCACUGGACUCACAAGCCUUGCAAACAUUUGCUCUAUUUUACCUCAGUGAGCUCAGUACCCCAUGGUUACACACUCCAGCAUGAUCACGCUAGCCUUCAAAUCGGUGUCUCAUAUUUCACACCGAAAUCUAUUUUGAGCAAUGCAAUGACCUUAUGAUUUUGGGGUAAAAUAUGAACUGGGCAUGUUUCUGAUUUUCUUUAAUGUCACACUAAACACUCAAUAGAGGGCAAUAGCUCUAGUUGCUGUAUUUUCACAGGGCAACUGUUACAUUACAAACCAGUUGUUUUAGGAUUGUAAUUUGGCCUACCUUUUUUUCUCAUUUCUUAGCUUUUACAUUUUAAGGAAUGAAAAGAAAUGUAUAUUUAAGAGGAUUCUGAUUAGAAUUUUAGCUGUUAAAAAUGCAAUUGACAUUAGUUAGGUUAUUUAAACAUAGCUCUCCUGAUAAAGCAAGACAUUCAAGGUUUUUUUGUGGGCAGAGAAUUAGGGAUUUUGUGUUUUGAAGGUCUUAAGAUAACGCUGAGUUACUGCCAGUGGACUUCCAUUUGUGAAACCGAUUUCUGACUAAAAUCAUUCUUAUGAAUGUUGUAGCAUUGAAAAAACAGUUCUGCUCAAGUUUAAUGAAGGACUCUGAAAGUAGGGCUGAAGAAUUUGUGGAUUAAAGUACAAGUAAUUUUAACUUGUAUGGCUAUAGCUCUCAACUUUUAUUACGAAGUGAAAGUGUGUUAGUUAUGCUACGCUCAGUUUAUUGUUUCAGAGAUUUUUUAACUAAAGGUCAUGCCUGUGAAAACUUGUUCGUGUUAGUCACAUUACUUUGUAAAAAGAAUGUGUUCACUUUUAUCUUUUUAAGUGGUACAAAUGACUGUAAAUAUGAGUUUCUUUAAUUGCUUACAGUAUUUGAGUGUUCUUUAAAGGAAACUUGUACAAAUAUGAACAUUUGAAAUGUAUUUAAGUAUGCAUUUUAAUUGAGCAAGAAAUCCAUGUCUAUAGAGAUAAUUGCUGCAUUCAGUUAUUUGUUUAUUAUGUCUGAUAAGUCUCCUUUAGUGUGGAGCAAUCUCACAAACAAAAUUUACCUACAUGUGUUUCUGCUUUUUGUUUGUUUUAUUUAUUAAUAUUUUUUAGCAGCAGUAAUUUUUCUGAUUAUUUCAGAAAAAUUGUCGCAAUAUUCAGAUUUACUGCAGAUUGAUUUGGACUCGAAUGUUAAUGUGUUUUUGAAAGGAUAUUUUAACCUGCACGUGUCAAGUCUUGCUUCUGUUCAGGAAUUCAUAAUUAUGCAAGCCUGUAAACUUCUAGGAUAUAAGACUGGAGACAUAUAUCUUGGCAUUCAUUUACAUGUAUGUCAUUCCUUGUUGUAAUAUGAUGAAUAAAGUGUGAUUGAAACGGCAA